AUGGAGAAAGGGCAGAACCCUAGUUCUCAUAAGCGUCUCAGACUAGAUACACCAAAUUCCUGGUCGGGUCUUCCUCAAGAUCUCUUGAUUUCAGUGUUGGAACGCCUCGGCUUUGCUGAUUUCCAACGAGCUAAAUCCGUCUGUCGGUCUUGGUUCUCUGCUUCGAGACAAGUUGUGGCCAAAAAUCACAUCCAUUGGCUGAUCAUCUUCCCUCGAGACAAGAAGACAAAUCCAUGCAUGUUGUACAAUCCCGAGGAAAAAGACAAACUUUACGAAACGCAAGAUCUUGGUGUGGAAUUUGCAAUGAGUUGUUGUUGGGAAACUCAUGGAAGUUGGCUCCUUAUGUCAGAUCGAUGUAAUCUCUAUAUUUUGAACCUAUUCUCCCACGAGAGGAUCAAUCUACCUCCUGCGGAUUUAUUGUGGGACGAGUAUGAGCUACAUAACAAAAGAGAAAUGGACAUUCGUAGGUAUAAACGGGGCCUUGCUAGGAACAUGCGAUCGGCUGUGUUUUGGAUUGACGAGAAAACCAAAGAUUAUGUAGUUGUUUGGGGACUUAUGGGUUGGUGUGUAUUUUAUUCCAAGAAAGGAGAUACCUCGUGGAAUCAGAUCCCACAAACUUCAGAUUGCUUCGACAUGGUUUACAAGGAUCACAAGCUUUAUUUCCUAAGCGAGACUGAGGGUUUCAAAAUCUUCGAUUUCUCUGGAGCGAAUCCACAAGAAACCUUUCAGUCGAUUUUUAAACUGGCAAAAACAAAUCAGUAUGCACCAAGUAAUCAAUGGAAUGUUCAUGACACAAAACUUGUAGUCACGGUAACAGGAAAAGUCCUCAAGGUUGAAAAAAUGUGGAGAGCCAGUACUAGAACCACCUCCUUCCGGGUUUUCGAGGUUUAUUCAUCAGACUUCAUGAAGAAAACAAAACGGCGGAUUCAUUCUCUAGGGGAGGAGUCAAUGCUUUUGGAUAAAGGCAUCACUGUGCUCGCCAAUGACACUGAUGGAUUCAUUAGAAAUUCCAUCUAUUUCAGUGGUUGUGAUGGACGUCAUACAAAGGAUAUGCUUAUCUUCAAUCUCGAGACACGGAAAAUUGAGACAAUGCACACAUGCGAUCGUUCUUCUUUUCCAUAUGGAUCCUAUAGAUCUAAGUGGUUCAUACCAAGUUGCAUGCAUUAA